AUGUCAUUUUUCAGUAUAACUAAGUAAGUAUUGCAUUGUUCUAAAACUUACGUUUAGUACUAUAGGUAAACAAGUGAAUAAACAUUAAAGAGUAAAGCUGUUUUCUAUAUUUAAUAGUUUCUUUAAACAUGCAUGUUAAACCAUAAUGACUGCCCUUAGUUUAUUUAAACGUUAUAUCUAUUAAUUAUUUUUUUAGAAAUUAUUUAAUUAGUGACUAAUAUACAUAAUAUAGUUGUAUAUUAUAGUUAGGAUUAGAAAAUUAAUUUAAAUCAAUAAUCUAUCUACUAAACAUUUUUAAUUGGCAUUCCUUUUAUAAACUAUAAGAGGUUAAUCAAGGUCUGUCAAUAAAUUUAGAAAUUAUUUAAAUUGAGGAUCUAUCCUUAUAUACAUCCUUACUACAUGAUACUUGAGAAUAAUCUGUGAUGCUUACAGUUGUCUAAUGUGUAGCUAUAUAGCUGUGUAGCUGUAAAUAAGAAUAUGUGCAUUUAAUAUGUGUUAAAAAUUUAUCUAUUAUUAAAUAGUUAAUAGAAUUUAAAUUUUAUUAUUGUUUGUGUAUGGUUUUAAUAAAAACCAUAAAUUUCUUAACUUACUUAUUUUUCAGAACACGACUUAAUCAAGUAUGGCAUUCUUUCAAAAUUGCAUUUUUUAAUUUUGUAGUUAAUCAAAAUGUGUCCCUUGAACGUGCUUGUGAUUUAUUACUGGAGCCAUUAUUCAAAUUUGUUGACAAUUAUACGAUGAUUUUAGGUCGAGUAAGUGAAAUUAAUAUACAAGGUCUGUUUAAAAAGUUCCAGGACUAUUUGAAUGGCGCUCCAACAAAGCCCCCAAGAGCAGUAGGAUUGAUAUCACUGGCUUCUGUGCCUUCUCCUGAGUGCAUUUGUAUCUGUAGAUUCUCUUUAACUUAAUUUGCUUUGAUGUGAAUGAUAUUUUUUUAAAUUACUUGACCAGUUUUUCGAGGGGGGGGGGGGGGGGGGUUGAAGAUUUUUCUUUCAUUUUUAUGAUAACAUUAUACACAUAAUGAUUAUUAUUAAUAUGACAAAAUGUCAAAAAGUUUUGGUUUCACCAUACCAACAAUUUUCUGUUAAACCUGAACUUACAGUAGCCAACUUCUCCUCCCCCCCCAAAAAAAAAACGUCUCUUGGAUUCAUUACAAAAUCGCCAGGUACGAAAAAAACAAAUAUGGUUAUAGACAAUCUAUAAAACAGAUGUGCUCAGGAAAAGUCACAGAAGCCAGUGAUAUCAAUCCUACUACUCUUGAAUGCUCCAUUGGCAUGCAAUUCAAACAGUCCUGGAACUUUUUGAACAUACUUCUUAUUUAUAAAAUAAAAUUUAGUAAUUUAUUUUAAUUUCAGAUUAUGGUCAUCCUAGUGGUUAUAUUAACAACAUUUGUUGUAGCCAUAGCUUACUGGAUUGGUUUACCAUAUUGGUGGAAUAACAAUAAAUUGUUAACUGUUUUCUUAUUAAUAUUUGGAAAUUGGCUAUUAAUUAAUGUUAUAUUUAAUUAUUAUAUGGGAGUUACUACAUCACCUGGUUUUCCUACUUCAGUAUUUAUUUUUAUAAUUAUUCAAUAAUGUUUAAGUUUAUGAGAAAUAAUUGAUUUAAUUUAAUGAGUAUUAUUUGGAAUUUUUCAGAACUGCUUGAUAUUCAAUGACAUAGUAAUGUGUAAAAAGUGUGAUUCCCCGAAACCACCUCGUACACACCAUUGUUCAGUUUGCAACAAAUGUAUUAUCAAAAUGGAUCACCAUUGUCGUAUCCUUGAUAUAGAACCUCUCUAUUAUUAUUAAUUUAAAAUAAUGAAAACUAAUAUGGUUUUUAAAUUAACAGAAAAUAUGCAUCUUCUUAUUCGCCUUCAACUAUUUGGAGAUUGCAACCCUCGUCCAAAACUUCUACUUGAACCGAUCACCUACUUCACGUAUACUGGCUACCCUCAUACCAUUCUCAAUUAUAUCCAACCUUCUUUUUUCGGUCUUCUCACUUUCUUUCCUCCAAUGAUUAUUUAUUUUCAUUAAAAUUAUUAUUGCUUUUGAUUUCUCUCUCCAUAUAACAUGCCUAAAUAAUCUAGGUACAUUUUCUCUCAUUUUAUCAGUUGUCUACUAUUGAAACCAUGCCUAAGCUACCUCUUAUGUACUCUCAUUCUAUCUUCUCUUAUCACUCCACUCAACCAUCAACACAUUAUUUUCUGUACAUUCAUUCUCUGUUCUAUUUUUCUAUCUACUGCCCAACACUCUGAUUCAUACAAUAUAGUCACCAUACUUAGUUUCUCCAUGAUUUUGUAAAACUUGCAUUAAAGUUUCAUUGUAAUUCUCUUGUCAAAUAAAACAUUUGAUACUUCUCUCCACUUUUUUCAAUCACACUUAAUCCUAUGUUACACAUCCUCAUGGAAGUCACCAUUCUUUUGUACAAAAGAUCCUAUGGUAUCUAAAAAACUCAGCUAUUAUGUCACUGCUUAAAGUCGUUAGUUGUCUUGUUCUAUUCCUCCAAACUCAUACCCUAUAUAUACUUCAAGUGCUACUCUCCAUUUCUCAAGCCUAUUGUUAACCUUCUUCCAGAUUUCCUCCUAUCAAAACUAUAUCAUCUACAAACAUCAUGCACCAAGGUACUUCUUCUCACCUGUUGUUCCUGAUCACUUCCAAAAUGGGACAAUCUGGCAAAGUCUUGUUUAGAACUCCUUAUACUAUUUAACAGAAUUUCACACGAGAUAUUAAUCUGACACAUUCCCUUUUGUCAUCUCUUACUAUAGUUAGUUGUAAUAUGGGAUUAUUCUCAUUUUCUUUCACAGUAAUGAUUUCAUAAUUUACUUUCAAAAUCAUCAAUGCUCCAGUACAAUACCAUUUCUCAAUGAAAUCUUGUUGGUAUCUUAUGAUAAGAUCAUUGAAGUUUCUCUAAUUUUAGUUCUACCCCUAGUUUCACAUGUGACAAGAUCUGUAAAGUUGAAUGACACUGUGAGACAUGCUCAUAAUAUAUUUGUAUGAUUGUAUGGUGAAAAUACUGUUUCUGUUGAAUAUAUAGCCUAUAUAUAACAAGUAAAUAUAGGUUAAGUUAUGUUAGAUUGUAGGCAUAUAAGAAAGUAUAAUAUAAAAUUAUCCAAAUUCCUUGUAAAUAUUUACUCUAGAGUUUCAUUUAGAGGAAUUUAACAUUACUAUAAAUUGUAUAGGUAUUACUUAUGCAUAAUAAUUAAUAUUUAAAAUAUUAUUUCAAAGUUUUUUCUUAAUUAUUUGUCAAAGCUUGGUUAAAUAAUUGCAUUGGAUUUUAUAAUCAUCGUUAUUUUUUUCUCUAUAUGGUCUACACAACAUUAGGAUCAUUAUUUUUAAUUACUUUUGGUGCUGACAUUUUGUUUAAAGAAGUAUUGUAUAGAGAAGAAGAUCCAGAAGGGUAUCCUGUAAAAAUUAAUACUUCUUUGCCGAAAGUAUGUACAUAUUUUUUAAUAUUAAAAUAUAUGUACUAUAAAUUAAAUAUUUUCUAUUCAGACAGAUUGGAUUCUGACAUUUCAAGAUGAUUAUGACAAUAAUAUUUUAAAACAUGAUCGUAUUGCAGAAUGGAGAUUUUGGUGCAUUGUGGUCAUUACUUUAAUCACAAGUGGUAAUUUUAAAUUUUUUUAUUGAUAUUUUUCUAUUCUAUAAUAAUAUAUCACAUCAGUAAUCUAGUUAAAAGUUAAAUUAAAUAAUUUCAGGAGUAUUUAUAGCAUUAGCUUUUUUAACUAUAUGGCAUGGUCUAUUAAUAAGUUGUGGUGAAACAAGUAUUGAAGGACACAUAAAUAAAUUUGAAACUGAAAAAUUAUCUGCAAUAAACUUUAAAUAUGUUAAUGUUUAUGAUUAUGGUAUAAAAAUCAAUUGGAUUCUUUUUCUAGGACUUCAUAGUGGGAGGUAAGCUAACAUUUUUAAUUCAUUAAAAUAUGUAUUUAAUUUAUAAGAAUGACUAAACUAUAAUAUAACAUAUACCAAACUGCAGUAAAAUAAUAAUUUAUUAAUUAUUAUUAAUAAUUAAAUGAGCAAGUAAUUCUUCACACAAAUGACUGAAAACUGAAAAAAUUCACUUAUAAAUAUAUGUAUCCACGAAAUCCAUUGUUAUUUUUUAAAAUAUCAACCCAUAUCACCGAUUUCUGACCCAAUGACUGACUGACUGAUUUUUAUGGAAUUUUAAUUUUAGAUCUAUGGAGCAAAACAAAAUUUACAAGGUCUUUGAUAUGCCAGGCUGACUUUGAAUGAUGAUUAUUUUUUUUGUUCGAUCUGUUACACAUGAAACAAUUAGAAUAAUUUAUGAAUUAUUAUUUUAUUAUAACAAUUCUUUAUUAACAUGUUUUGAAAAACAGAUUGCAGAAUCUUCUAAAUGGAGAUACUCAUAGAAUAACAUGAUUAAAUUUAAUUAAUUUAUAAUAUAUGCAGGAUACAACAUCAUUACCUUUAUAGUAUUUUCUUAGGAUUGGAUAACAAUUCAGAGAUCACAGGAUUUUUGUGGCUGACUAAGUAACUAUUAGUUGUUAAAUCAUAUUUGAAAUUAAUUUUGGCAAUUUCAAUAAUGAAUAACACUUUAAAAUGUGCAUGAAGAGUGUGGUUGAAUAUUUAGAAAGCUUUGGAAAUGAAAAGAGGAUCUAAAUAAAAAUGUGGCUGUCAACUAAAUAAUAUAUCUAUUGAUAAAAAUUAACUAUAAGUUAAGUAUAGCCUCGAUUUUCUUUAUAACCAUUGAGUGUUAUUCACUUAUAGUUAGUCGAGGUAGGUUAGCUGGUAGGGUGCUAUGAGCAUUUGAAGUGGUUAAAAAUACAGCUGUAUAUUUUGAACCUGUCUUUAUUUUUAGGUUCUGAGUAGUGCAAGAAGUGUAUUGGUUUUAAAAUGAUCUACAUUAUUAUUAUUUUUUUUUGUGUACAACUUUUCUAACAGCUCCAAUCUAACCUUUUGCUCCAAUUUACAAUGAUAGCACUUUUUCUAAAAAGAAAUCAGACUGGGGAGGAACUUUAGGGAUGUCAUUUUUUAAUUUUCCAGGGGUUUUCAUAAUAAAUGGAAAAAACAGAUAAAACAGGAAAAUGUAUGAAAUUUAGUAUUUUCUAAUCAGAAAUAUUACUGUCUUUUAAAAUAUACAUAACCAAAUUCUGCUCAGAAUCGUUUUUUAUUACUAAAAAUUAAUUGUUCCGUACAGAUAUACAUUAAAUUCUCCUCCAUAUUCUACUUUCUCACCUAUAGCAAUGACCCACCCAUGGUGCGAAGUAUGUCUUUAGUUUAUUUUUAUUAUUAUAUAUUAUAUACUAGCAAACCUAUGUGGGAUCUAAAUUAGUAAAUAUUUUCUGUAUGUUACGUAAUUUAUACUUUUAAAAUUUGUUAUACUUUAUAUUUAACACGUUGACUUCCAUGCCUAUUUCAGUGUAUUAUCUACUGAGGCCACAAUAUUUUUUUAAAACUUUUAACUUAUUUCUUUCAUGAUUAUUAGUCAUAAAUCUAUCUUAAAACCAUUUAUGUGUUAAUUCACUUGUAGAAUGUGAGGGGUCAUAAUGUCCCUCAGUAGCGUAAAAUAUGUGAAUCACAUAUUUCUUGCUUAUGAGGGGUGUUUUGACACCUCAACUAAAUUAAAGAUAUAAAUCAUGAAAAUCUGUAUUUCAGUAGUAAAGUUAAAAAUAUUUAAAUCUAUUCAUAAAAAAAUAAAUGAUAUGAGUAAAAUAAUUUUAUCUAUAAUGAAAUAUAAAAUAAAUAUCUGCAUUUUAAUUAGUAAGACAUGUUGUAAUAUAACAUAAUAUUUUAACAUAACAUAACAUUUUUAAUAAUUCAAUUUUUAUCUCAAUCAAUAACAAAAGAAAUUUAAAAACUUAACAACUUUGGCAAUUUAACAAUUUACCUUCAUGAAAAAAUUAAACAUAACUAAUAUCUUUUAGUUAAACUAUAAAAAAAUAAUAAUAAAAUAUGAUAGGUAAUGAUAAUACAUAAUAAUAGUUGUAAUAUAAAAAGGAAAUAUUUAUAUUUUAUUUUUAAGUCUAACUGAAUGAGAAUUUAAAAAAGCAUGCCAUACAUGUAAGAACUUUAUUAAUUGUACACAUUCUAAUGACUUUGACGUAUUUAUUUUGAGAUUUUUUUCUGCCAUACUCUGACUCAAUUUUUUUGUAACAAUUGACACAUUUUUUAUGUGGAGAAUUUAUUUUUUCUAAAAUAUGAUUGUUUGAAAUUUGUAGUGCUGGAGAUUCAGGUUUUUUAAUUAAAUGAAGUAUUAUUUGUUCCUUGAAUUUUGUAAUUUAAAUUUUUUUAUUAUUGAUUGCACAAAAUAGUGAUAAGAUAUUAGUCAGACAAGUACCAAGCAAAAUAUCAAAAGCAACUUUGUGGUACCAUUUCUUACUUCUUCUCAAAGGUGUGGAAUAUGUUGUCAUUUGGUCACUUCUGUCAAUAAAACUCUUCCCCUGAUUAUAUUCAAUGACCAUGUCAGGUUUAUUAAUGGUUUGAUUUCUUUUGGUUAUUGCUGUAGUUGUAUCAACAUGUUUUGUAUUCAACAUUAGGAGAUCCCUUUUGUCUUUCCAUUUGAGCACAACUACAUUAGUAUUACUUUGUUGUGCAAUAAUUUAACAUUUUUAAUUUUUUUUGUUUGUGAUAUCUUUUGGAUUUCCUUUUCUGUUUGCACGUAAAGUACCUACAAUAUGAGUUUGUUGCUCAUUUAAUUUGUGAGCUAAGGUACAAUUGUGUACCAAUUAUCUACAAAUAGAAUUCGUCUAAAAUUUAAAUAUGGUUUCAUGAGUUCUAACACAACUUUAGUUGAUACUGUAUUUUCUGCUACCAUUUCUUUACCAGCGUAAAUUUUGUAUUGACAAGUAUAAUCACCUGCACACAAUUUAAAUAUUUUGAUCCCAUACCUAUGUCAUUUAUUUUUCAAAUAUUGGCAAAAUUUAAUAAUAUUUAAAUGCUAAAUGGAGCAUUUUGUUCUGUAGAUAACAGAGAAUCUGUAGUGCGUUAUUUUUAUGGUUACUGAAGGGCUAUUUGAUCCCACGAGUCGACAAAGACAACAUAGCCUUGAGGGACAAAUUGACCCCUCAUGGCCCACUUAAAAAUUCUACUGAGGGACAAAAAUGACUCUCAUGGCAGUCAACGUGUUAAAAAAACAGACAUAAUUCGCAUGAAAAGUGAGCCACUGUUAUAGGUGAGAAGUUAGGAAGGUAGGAUAUAAAGAUGAAUUUAAUUUAUAUCUGUACGCAAUGAUUAACUAUUGAUAACAAAAAGUUCAUUUACACAUAUUUUAAAAUAUCGUAAUAUUCAUGAUUUUCUUCAAAAUUCUUAUAAAAAAAAUUCUACAUUACACUCAUUUUAUUUUAGUUUUUUACCACAAAAUAUGACCCAUACUGAACUUCCUGUUUAAUUUUGAAGCGUUUCUGUUUGAUCUAACAAUAAAAAUUACGCAAAAAAACUCGCAAAAUUAUGUAAAUUAAAUAAAUAAAAUGCCUAUAAAUAGCUCAUAAGUGGCUGAAAUAUUUUGAAAAGUUCACCACGUCUAGAAAAGACAAAUAUAAAUUUUUUGUUCAAACUCCAAGUCUAUUAAUAUUUUUAACUGAAUCACAAUAAAAAAAAAAUUUAAAAUAAUAUAUUUCCAUUUUUUUCUGGUUUUUCCCAAUUAUGGAAACCGUUUGGAGAAUCAAAAAAUUACCUCCCUAGAGUACCAUCUAAAUAAAAUGUUCUUACAUAAAAGAUACUACGCUUAAAUAUUUUAUUGCAAGAUUUCUAAUAGGAAAAAUGAUACUUGCAGACCUUAUUAGACUUUUAUAUACAAUAUGAUUUUAUUCUUAAUUAAAUUAUUUUAGAAGUUGGAGACAUAUUUUAUUACCAUCAACACAUAAACCUAUAGGAAAUGGAUUUAUAUGGCCAACCAAAAAUGAUAUAAUUGAAGUGUUCUAUUAUAAACCAUUGAAAACAUUAUGUAAGUAUUCUAUAGAUAUAAAAAUAGUGUACUCAAAUAUAUUAAUAUUAUAGUUAUUAUUAAUGAUUCAUCAACUAAAUAACAAUAUUAUUAAUUUAAAAACUGUGAUUUCAGUAUUGAACAUAACACAUUUUAUUAUAAUUUAAAUCUCAUGGUGAUAUCAUAAAUUAGUAUUAUCAACAUAAUUAAAUGUAAAUAUUUUAUACAAUAAACACAAUAAUUUAUGUCAUGCACUUAAUUAAAGAUAUAGACAACAUAAAUAAAUAGAUAAUUUAAAUUAAAUUAACAAAACUGUGUACCUAAAAGUAAAAAGUUUUAAUUUUUCUACUGUCAGGGUAGGCCAUUUUCUGCCUGUACUAUCCCAUGUGUACAGUUAUGUUCAAUACUUUUAAAGUAUAGAUAUUUUCAAAUUUAUCUUUGAAAAAAAUUGAUUAUUGAUUACAUUUUUAGAUUUUGAGCUUAGCAAUGAUUGUAUUGGUUUUAAAGUAUGACAUGUGCUUUUGUUUUGCCUGUAAACAACUUUUCUACCAGAAAUCUAAAUCCGAUCAUAAACUUUAGUGGUAGUUUCUGGUAGGUAGCCAUUUUCUCUAGUUUAUAUAUUGUGGAGGUUAUUUUUUGAUUUUGUUUGCAGUUUUCUUAUUAAUUGAAACUGAAUAAUAAUUGAAAAAUAUUAAAUUAUAUACCUAAUCUAUAUUUAUGAUUUAUAUUCACAUAACACCCAUUAACCACGUUUAUCCCCUCCUCACCCCUAGUUUACGUUUAACUACUUAUUUUUUUCAUGUAAAAAAAAAUAUAUUAUAGCCUUCUAGUAACGUUAAAAAAUUUAACAAAAAAUUAUUAUCAAAAUAGAUGAAGUAGUUUACAAGAUUUUUGUUAACACACAGUAGGAUCGGAAGUUGGAAAUUCAAAUCUUCUAAAGAAACAUCCUCAAGAAUAAUUUAAUUUAUAUAUACACAUUUUAACUAAGUUACUUACUUGUUUGAAUUUGGUUAAUUAAAACCUUCUAUUUUAUGUGAAGUGAAAACAUGAAAUCUAAACAUAAAAAUGGUUGGGGAAGAUGUAAGUUGAAACCACAAAAAGCACAUUCUUGUUACUUACACCAUGCAUGUACACAAUUUUAUUCUUCUGGCUUUAUUUCAGAGGUCUGUAAGAGUUUACAAAGCUAAAAAAAACAUCCUCCUGCAGUUCUUUUGAUUCAGAUUGGUUCAAAAUUGUUCAAGUGUACCGGAAAAAAGAUACAUAUAUACAAGCUAUCCCACAAAGAUAUACCCUCUGAAUAUCUCCGGAAUUAUAAAAAUAAUUAAAUUCUGAUUUUUUUAUAUUACUAACAGGUAUGAUGGCUACAAAUAUUUAUUUUAUAAUUUUCAGAAAAUUUUAAGAUAGCCGUUCUGUAGAGUUUAUUUUUCUAAAAGUUUUGAUGUGUCACACAUUUAUACUUCAUGCUAUAACAUCGGUUUUCACACAGAUUAGCAGAAUUUAAAACAGCUGUUACUUAAAACUAUUCUUUGGAUAUAUAUGUGUGGUACAUUAAAAUUUUCCAAAAAUAAUGAAAUAAAGUUAUUUUUUUAAUUUUUUUUUUAGUAAAAAAAAUUAAAAAUAAAUCUCAAACCUUGGAAGUAAUUUAA